AUGUGGGGAACUCUCUGGCGGUUUGCCUCGGCGUUCACGCGACAACUAUUCCCAGAGAUCUCACCGCAGACCUUGAUGGAGGCUUUUUUCGAGUUUGGAUGGAAAGGGAUGGGGGAGAAACGGUCAACACCAAAACAAAUGUUUGAUAAUCCUUUCAUUCGGAGAUCUGCAGCUAAACAUGUAAAUGUUGAGCGAUGGGAUCCGACGAGCAUGGGAAUGGACUGCCUAGAAAUAUUGACAGGGAUUGAGUGUUAA